AAAAAGAGAAACCCUGUAUUGGCGCGGCAAAGGCUUAACUUGGGCUCCAAACUGGGAGGUUCAGGAGACGAGGAGGUACGCAAUGUUCCCGAGGCAGGAGGUGCAGAAAAGACACCAGUGAAAGAGGUCUGGCAAGGAGAUGAUGGAUCUUCGAUUAAACUUGGACCCACAGCUCUUCCCAAUGGCAAAGCGGACAUGAUUCUAUCACCAAGACCGUUUACACCAUGUGGAAUAUGAUGUUCUUGAAUGCCGUUAGGUUUUUGUAUUUCCCUAUUUUACUGUAUGACGCAUUCGUCUCCCCCAGUAACAUAUUUGAGAGGUCAGUGGUUCCUAAAGCUGGUUCGUCCCGCUUGGUGGCCAGAAUGGAUGGGGACGUUAUAAUUGGUGCCCUGUUCUCGGUCCACCACCAACCGUCAACAGAGCAGGUAGCGGAGAGGAAAUGUGGUGAGGUUCGGGAACAGUACGGAAUCCAACGAGUAGAAGCGAUGUUCCACACCUUGGACCGAAUCAACUCCGACCCGGAUCUUCUACCCAACAUCACUCUGGGGUGCGAGAUCAGGGACUCCUGCUGGCACUCCUCAGUGGCUCUGGAGCAGAGUAUUGAGUUCAUUAGAGACUCUCUCAUCUCGAUCCGGGAUGAUGACAACAAGGAUGGUACCUCCAGACAGUGGUGCAUGGAAGGGAUGCCUGCGAGUCAGCCACCCGCCACCAAGAGACCCAUAGCAGGAGUUAUCGGGCCUGGGUCAAGCUCAGUGGCUAUUCAAGUUCAGAACCUCCUGCAGCUGUUCAAUAUCCCCCAGAUAGCAUAUUCUGCGACCAGCAUAGACCUGAGUGACAAAACGCUCUUCAAGUAUUUCCUUAGGGUUGUGCCCUCUGAUACUCUCCAAGCCAGAGCCAUCCUGGACAUUGUGAAACGCUAUAACUGGACAUAUGUGUCAGCAGUCCAUACAGAGGGUAAUUACGGAGAAAGUGGCAUGGAAGCUUUUAAGGAGCUGGCCUCUCAGGAGGGGCUGUGUAUCGCCCAUUCAGACAAGAUCUACAGCAACGCUGGGGAGAAGCACUUUGACAGGUUGCUGAGGAAGCUGAGAGAACGCCUGCCCAAGGCCCGGGUGGUCGUCUGCUUCUGCGAGGGCAUGACGGUCCGUGGACUGCUCAUGGCUAUGAGACGACUUGGGGUGGCAGGGGAGUUCCUUCUCAUUGGGAGUGAUGGCUGGGCAGACAGAGAUGAGGUGGUUGAGGGCUAUGAACAGGAGGCUGUGGGCGGUAUCACUGUGAAGCUGCAUUCGGAGGAGGUCACGUCCUUCGAUGACUAUUUCCUGAAGCUCCGCCUCAACACCAACACCAGGAACCCGUGGUUCCCUGAGUUCUGGCAGCACAGGUUCCAGUGCCGCAUCCCAGGGCACCCACUGGAGAACAUGAACUACAGGAAAAACUGCUCAGGUUACGAAAGUCUAGAGGACAACUAUGUCCAGGACAGUAAGAUGGGAUUCGUCAUCAAUGCUAUCUACGCCAUGGCUCAGGGUCUCCAUGACAUGCACAGCCACCUCUGCCCCGGCCAUGUGGGACUAUGUGAAGCCAUGGACCCCAUUGAUGGAAGCCAGCUGCUAGAGUUCCUCAUGAGGACCUCCUUCACUGGGGUGUCUGGAGAAGAUGUGUGGUUUGAUGAGAAUGGGGACACACCUGGCAGGUAUGAAAUCAUGAACCUACAGUAUGUGGAGCCUGGUGCGUUCGACUACAUCAAUGUGGGUUCUUGGCACGAGGGUCAGCUCAGCAUUGAUGACUACAUGAUGCAGAUGAACCACAGUGACAUGGUCCUCUCCGUCUGCAGCGAGCCCUGCUCCAAGGGAGAGAUCAAGGUGAUCAGGAAGGGAGAGGUGAGCUGUUGCUGGAUCUGUACAGCCUGUAAAGACAACGAGAUUGUUCAGGAUGAGUUCACUUGUAAGGCUUGCGACCUGGGCUGGUGGCCGGACCCUGAACUGGAAGGUUGCGAGCCCAUCACCUUGCGGUACCUGGAGUGGGGGAACCCAGAGUCCAUCGUCCAGGUGGUGUUUGCCUGCUUGGGCAUCCUGGUCACCUCCUUUGUCACCUUCAUCUUCGUCCUGUACCGAGACACGCCUGUGGUCAAGUCCUCCAGCCGCGAGCUCUGCUACAUCAUCCUGGCCGGGAUCUUCCUGGGCUACAUCUGCCCCUUCACCCUGAUCGCCCGGCCCACCGUGGUCUCCUGCUACCUGCAGCGCCUCCUGGUGGGCCUCUCAGCCACCAUGUGCUACUCAGCAUUAGUCACCAAGACCAACCGCAUCGCACGCAUCCUGGCUGGCAGCAAGAAGAAGAUCUGUACCAGGAAGCCGCGGUUUAUGAGCGCCUGGGCCCAGCUGGUGAUCGCCGGCCUCCUAGUCAGUGUCCAGCUCACCCUGGAGGUUACUCUGAUCAUCCUGGAGCCGCCUAUGCCCGUCAAGUCUUACCCCAGCAUCAGGGAGGUCUAUCUGAUCUGCAACACAAGCACGGUGGGCAUGGUAGCGCCACUGGGCUACAACGGCCUGCUCAUCAUGAGCUGUACCUACUACGCCUUCAAGACGCGCAACGUUCCGGCUAACUUCAACGAAGCCAAGUACAUCGCCUUCACUAUGUAUACAACAUGUAUAAUCUGGCUGGCGUUUGUGCCCAUCUACUUUGGCUCUAACUAUAAGAUCAUCACCACAUCGUUCUCAGUGAGCCUGAGUGUUACUGUGGCAUUGGGCUGUAUGUUCUCGCCAAAGAUCUAUAUCAUCCUCGCCAAGCCGGAGCGCAAUGUGCGCAGCGCGUUCACCACCUCAGAUGUAGUGCGCAUGCACGUCGGCGACGGCAAUAUCGCUUGCCGGAGCAACAGCCUGCUCGACAUGUUCAAACGGAAGAAGAACUCUGAGAAUUCUAAUGGAAAGUCUGUGUCAUGGUCUGAACCAGGUGCAAGACAUCAUCCUCCAAAAGGGGAGCACAAUUGGCACAGACUGUCUGUGCACGUGAAGAGACAGGAAGCAGGAUGCUCCAAUCAGACGGCCGUCAUCAGACCCUUAACUAACACCUACCAUAACACAGGCAGCAGCAUGGCCAUGGAGUUCUCUGACCUCAGCACCAAGACUCUGUACAAUGUAGCUGAGGAGGACGAGAGCGACCUAGUCAGAUACAACCCUCCCCUUAGUCCCCACAUGAUGUCCCAUGGGCAGAUAAUGCCCACCACCGGUGGGCCGAUGAAAGAGGUGGACGAGGAGGUGGUUGAAUAUUACCCUCCCGUUGAGCACAUGCCCCUGCACCUGCCACAGAGCAGAGUGAUCCCCCAGCAGAGAGUCAUCAUGGACCACCUACAGCUACAGGAGGUGGUGGGCAAGUACAACAGUGAUUUCAUCAUCCCUGAGCUCAAUGAUAUGGACAUGAUCAUUCCACCCAGCCCUGUUGGUGGUGGUGAGGGUUUUGGGGGCAGGUCUGGGAGCAGUCAUGGCAGGCCUGUGUACCACCAGGCUCAUCUCAUCCAGCAGCAUGCAGUCUUGCCCCUGCAACUAGACCUUGGCUCCCUCGACGACGAGGAACACACCUCCCACCUGGAGAUUGAGGAGAUUGAGGAGGAUGUAGAGGUGGAGAACGAGCAGUUUGGCCUCCUCCAUGGAUACAUGUAUGACAAUGCCCUGAUUCACGAAGAAGAGGACGACGACGACCUCGUUCAGCUCAAAUUAGCAAUGGAGAAUUCUAUGGCCCUGAUGCCCCCCUCCCCAUUUCGUGAUACAGCGAGCAUGGGGAGCCCCUUUCAUAACGCCUCACCCGUGUCCGAGUCCAUAUUGUGCACCCCUCCAAACUAUGCCUCCGUCAUUCUGAAGGACUACACACAAAACUCCUCAACGCUGUGAACGAGUACUGUAGAUAUGGUAGAAUAAUAUAGAGCCAUUUUGUAGCUGAUGACUUGUAGCAUAUUAUUUGUGUUCCAUUUAAUGACCAGUAAGAAAUGGUCAAAAUGUCUUGAAUACGUUAUUGAGUGAUUGACUGGACUAUAUUGGUUGACUCAUGAAAUCUAUGAGCAAAAGUGUGUGUUUACAGGGAUGAAAGUGAACAAAAAAAAGCACAGGACACACUUUUAAAAAGGUCUUAUUGUUGUAUAAUAAAUAUCACGAAGAAAAGAUUGAACCUGUUGCGAAAUGUAUUUCCAUGUUUAUGCAAGAGAUGAACAGAUUUGAACUUGCUCAGUGUCUUAUUAGGAAAGCAAAAAGCUAAGAUAGUCUUCUUCAUGUAGCUUAUUGAAGCUAUUGUAGUCUUCUUCGCGUAGCUUAUUGAAGUCAUGUAAGUAGCAGUUAUUAAGGGUACAAUGCAGUGUCAAUUUGACCAUCAUCAGGUAUUACAAUAAUGGUUGUGUUUGUUGCUUGUUUUCUCUAAGGCAAACUUAAGCCGCUUGAAAGUAGAUUGUUUAUCAUAAUAGACUAUCCAACCUGUAGUUCACAAACAUGUCUAUAAAUAAUGUAUGCACUGUGUAGGCCCAUGUUUUCUAAUACAGUUAUAACCUUACAAUGUCAAAAUAUUCUAGAUGAAUGUGUUUUGUUGUUUUGCUCAAAACAAGUGUGUAUUAUUCGGAAAAAAAGCACAGAGAUUGUCACAGUCACUUUCUUCAUCGGAUAACUUCAGAAUGAAUAUAUUAUACAGAUGAAAUAACCAACUACUGUAAGAAUGUAGCAAACAAAACCAGAAGGAUUCAACUGCCAUGUAUCCGGAUUGCUUCCAUUUACAGAAAAACAUUUUAAAAUGUCUCUAAUUUCUAUUGCAAGUCUGUAUAUUUUAUAAACACUCCUCUAAAUCCAUACUUGCAACAGUGUCUAUUAUAAUAUGACUGCCAAAAAUGUAAUUUGUUACUUUUGUGAAUGUACAGUAUGUAGUAGUAUGCAUCCUAUUUUGGUAACGAUUCAGAUUAGUUUUACUAAAAGGAAUUACUACGUUUAUUUUACAAUUUAUAAGUGUGUUGCUUAUAGUGACUGUUGGUUUGUACAGUAUAAUUCUUACUUUUACCAAUUGUUAUGAUCUUACUAUAUAUAAUGUAAUAAACAAUGGCUAGUAACAUGAAUAGGCUAUUUGAUAGAUAUGAGUCAAAUAAUGCUUUGUUUUAAACAUGUAUCAAACACAGUAGUGCAAACAGUCAUUGUCGUUCACAUUAUUGAAGAUAUAUGUUUUGUUAGAAUAAAUAAAAUACU